GAAAACAAAAUUAAUAAAAUGUCUACAAGAUUUAUGAUGGCUCUUAUUAUGAAACUUUUGUCUAUUUUGUUCUCAGCAGCUUUAAUUCGUUCCAAUCAAAGUAUGGUACCUCUCAAAUCUUUCAAGAUAAACGACAAUGUAACAUAUGAUUGCAUAGAUAUUUAUAAGCAGCCAGGAAUUGAUCACCCCUUGCUAAGAAACCACACAAUCCAGAUGCAACCAUCAGUUUCGAGACAUGAAAUAAAGAAACAAAUUGGCAACAACAAAACAUUUAAGAAAAUGAAAUGUCCAUAUGGAACUGUUCCUGUAUUGAGAAAUACAAAAGAAUUCAUCAGCAGUGCGCAGCUUUUUGUCAACAAUUCCCAUCUGAUAUCAGCUGAUAGCCCUGGAACACAUAUAAAUCCAGCUCUUUUUGGUGACGGACGUGUUUGGACAUAUGGAUUUUGGAAGGAGGAAAAGGAUGUUAUAAUACGACAUGUUAAGGAUUUGUUCAACUCUCGCAUUAUGUUCCAAUAUCUGAACCCAUUUACCUUAAUCCAGGGAAAUUGGAAUGGAUGCUUUGCUCUAUCCAUCAGGAUAAACAGACAGGAAACUGGUGGCUAUCAAAAAUUGCGCCUGGUGAGGAUGUUGGCUACUGUCCUAAAGAGCUAUUUGAUCAAUUAGAAAAUGGUGCAAAUAUGAUUGGUGCUGGAGGUGUGGUUCAGGCUUCACAUUCUGGUUCAAGCCCUCCGAUGGGUAUGGGUAAUUUUCCUAAUAUAAUACCUUCAGAAUCAGCAAUUUUUGCAAAGAUUGAAGUACUGAGUUCUAACUUUGAGAAAUGUAAAAUUAAUCAUUUUCCUAUAGAGAAGUUGGUAGAUAGUGCGAAAUGUUAUGGACUAAGAAUUGGUAAAAAUAUUUCAUAUUCUACUAGUGAACUUGGUUUCUUUUUCAAUUAUGGUGGUCCAAAAGGAAAUUCUUGUGGAAUUUGAUAUAUAUAAUUUGAUAUUUAAUAAAUAUAUUCUAAAAUAAUAAUAAUAUGCAAAAUUAUAUACGGC